AUGGCUACCAUGGAUGAAGGACGUCACCAUGUCAGCCAGAAGGAACUUGGUUUUAGAAAACCCGAGAUCUUCAACAGUUCAGACCGUUCGAAGCUUAGGGAAUUUAUAAACCAAUGCAAGAAUUACAUGGCCGGAAACAGCCAUGUCUACCAGGAGGACAAUCAGAAGAUCGCAUUCGUGCUAUCGCACAUGCAAGGAGGAACAGCAGGAUCAUGGGCACAGAGCUUCAUAGAAACGGAACUCACCAAUGAUGACUUCCUUUCUUAUGGGAGUUGGAGAGACUUCAUUGCGAGUGUGAACAAAGCAUUUGGUGAUGAAAAUAUUGAAGAAACCGCUCGUACCUUGCUGCGUAACAUCAAGCAAGGAACUCGGACUGCGGACGACUACAUUGCCGAAUUCCGAUCGAUUGAAUCCAAGGCGAAAUUAGAAGAUGCCGGAAAUAUCGAGUAUUUUAAGUGGGGACUUAACGACCCACUCCGACAAAGGAUAUAUGGGAUGGAAAGCAUGCCCAAGACACUUGACAAGUGGUACGAAUAUGCCUCGCGGUUUGAUAACCAAUGGAGAUCUGCUCAGAUCUUCAAGCGAGGAGCCACUACGACGACGCGAGGAAAGGGCCGAUCUGUCCAUCGUCCCUACUACUCGGCUUCUGCAAGGGAUCCAAACGCGAUGGAUGUUGAUUGUGUCAAUAUCUCGCGCUUAUCCCCGGAUGAGCGACAGAAGAGAAUGAAAGAAGGAUUAUGUUUCCUAUGCGGAAAGAAGGGCCAUAUUGCCAACGACAGACAAUUUCACCCCCAGUCUGGAAGUUUCACCCAUGCUAGAACGAUACAGCCCGGGUUGGAUACGGACACGAUCACAUGGAUCAAGAAGAUGCGAGAAGACCUCGCACAGAAGAAGGAGACAUCGAAGGAAGAGACCAGAGAGGAACAGAUCGCCUAUGUGCGAAACGUCUUCAACGACAUGACUGAUGAAGAACGAACCCAAUUGGAAAAGGAAGACGUUACAACAGAAGCCUUGAUCGAUUCCGGUGCGGCCGAAACGUUCAUGAACAUUCAUUUUGCGGAAGAAAACGAUUUCAUCAGAUGGGAAUUACCGAAACCGAUUAGAGUCAUGAAUGCAGAUGGCACACCAAAUCAAAUGGGCACCAUUACUCAUUGUACCUGGAAGAUGAUGAAAAUCGGAGGAAGGAAGACACUUACUCGCUUCCUCUUGACCGGCAUUGGCAAAGAAAACAUACUUCUCGGCAUGCCGUGGCUUAAACGCCUCAAUCCGAUGAUCAACUGGGAAACCGGUGACUUGUGGUUUGGUAAAGAUGCCAAAUGGCCACCGAAACCCACCGUCGAAGAUGCACCAGAUGAAGAAGUUUCGAUUUUCAAGGAAGAUGGACUCCCAGAGUUAAUCACCACCGAAACUUCCCCUACCUCGUUUGGACAUUCGGAAUCUAUCAGAGAAAUCAUGGCCGAUAACACUGAGCGUGGCGAGUUACCCGCAGUGCAGAAUGAUACCGAACCAGAUGACCCACCAUCAGAACCCCCUAUGGAUCAGCUCGAUGACGACGAUCUAGUUAUAUCCUAUAUCGCAGGAGAGCCAGUCAUUGGGAUAUUUGAACCCAUCAGGAAGGAGUCACCUUUAACGAAUGAAGAGACUGAAACCGCAAAUAUGGUCUUUUACAAACCAUCCGGUAAAUCACAAGAAUUGGCACAACAGGCACACAAGGAAGCAUCAGCUGUAGACAAACCCAAAACCGUCGAGGAGUUGGUCCCCAAUUACCUCCACGAUUUGAAAUCCGUCUUUGAAAAGAAAGCAGCUGAACGCUUUCCAGAAACCAGGCCUUGGGACCACGCCAUUGACUUGAAACCCGAUUUUAUUCCACGCGACUGUAAAGUCUAUCCGUUAUCGCUCAAAGAACAAGGAGCGAUGGAUGACUUCCUGGAAGAAAAUCUGCGAAAAGGAUACAUCCGACCGUCGAAAUCUCCCAUGGCUUCACAAUUUUUCUUCGUAGGAAAGAAAGACGGAGCGCUACGUCCUUGUCAGGAUUACCGAUACCUGAAUGAAGGGACGGUGAAGAAUGCCUAUCCUCUUCCGCUCAUCUCUGACCUUAUGGAUCAAUUCAAAGGCGCAUCGAUCUUUACGAAAAUGGAUUUACGCUCCGGAUAUAACAAUGUCAGAAUCAAAGAUGGUGACCAAUGGAAGGGCGCAUUUAAGACAAAUCGCGGACUUUUCAAACCUAUGGUCAUGUUCUUUGGACUCUGCAACUCCCCGGCGACUUUCCAAAUGAUGAUGAACGCACUCUUCAAGGACAUGAUCGAUGAGGGAUGGAUAGUCAUUUACAUGGAUGAUAUCCUCAUCUUCUCAAAUGAUUUGGAAGAACAUCACGUUCGAACCCGACGCGUACUCCAACGACUCGAAGACAACGACUUAUUCCUUAAACCGGAAAAGUGUUUCUUUGAUGUUAAAGAAGUCGAAUUCCUAGGCAUGAUCAUUCGAGAAAACUACAUUGGCAUGGACCCUAUCAAACUUAAAGGAAUUGCAGAAUGGCCCGAACCAAGCACGGUAAAAGGUGUUCGCUCUUUCCUAGGGUUUGGAAACUUCUAUCGGAAGUUUAUUGCCAACUUCUCGGAUAUUGCCAAACCAUUGACGAAUCUUACGCGCACUGCCGCUGGAUCUCCACCUUUUGAAUGGACAACAGAAUGUCAGACAGCUUUCGACACAUUGAAGCAACGAUUCAGUACCGCCCCAGUACUGUUACUGCCUGACAAGGCAAAACCCUUUAUUGUUGAAUCCGACGCUUCCAAGUUUGCUACGGGUGCAGUUUUACGCCAAGCCGACAUCAAUGGAGACCUCCAUCCUUGUGCCUACAUUUCACAGACGCUCAAUCCAGCUGAACGGAACUACGAAAUCUACGACUGCGAACUCCUCGGAAUCAUUCGAGCCCUCGCUGAAUGGCGCCAUUAUCUUGAAGGCUCUCCCCAUCCCGUCGAAGUUCGCAGUGAUCACAAGAACCUCACGUACUUCCGUACAGCUCAGAAGUUAAACCGCCGACAAGCACGAUGGAGUCUCAAAUUAUCACAAUUUGAUCUUCAUUUCAUCCAUGUCCCCGGCACUCAGAUGAUCCAAUCUGAUGCGCUAUCUCGUCGUAACGGACUCGAUGACAGUGAAAGUGACAAUGAAGAUCGCGUUCUUUUACCCAAUGCACUGUUUGUGCGAUCCAUUUCCCCGACACUAUUUGACGAAAUCAGGAAUCACGCAGCAAAAGACCUCAUUGUUCACGAAGCCCUCGAAGCGAUUGCGCACAAAGGGCCAUUCCCCAUGAAAUCAUCGCUUUUUGACUGGGAAGUUCGCGAUGGUGUCAUCCUCUACAAGGGAAAGAUCUACGUUCCACCAUCCGAAACUCUUCGUCGUGACCUCGUUCGACUACAUCACGACUCCCCUGCCAUGGGUCACCCUGGAAAGUUCAAUACUCUUGAACUGUUACGUCGUGAAUUCUGGUGGCCCGGCAUGUAUACAUUUGUUUACAAUUAUGUUGAAGGCUGUGCCGCCUGUCAACAAAUGAAACCGAAUACUCAUCCAACGCGUAUUCCUUUGGAACCAAUUCCUGCCGACCCACACGCAUUACCAUUUUCCUGUUGCACCACCGAUUUUAUUACCGACCUCCCCUUUUCCAACGGUUUUGAUUCGAUUAUGGUCGUAGUAGACCAUGACCUUACGAAGGGGGUGAUUCUUACGCCCUGCCUCAAAAUGAUCACAGCCGAAGGAACGGCCAAGAUUUUUCAUGACAAAGUCUUCCAAGAGUUAAAUCGACUACUCCAGAUCAGAUCAUCAAUGAGCACAGCUUAUCACCCUCAGACGGACGGAGAAACAGAGCGAGUCAACCAGGAGCUGGAAAUCUAUCUUCGACUCUAUUGCGGAAACAACCCUGAAACAUGGGCCGACCGCCUGCCAGACCUCGAGUUUUGUCAUAACACAAGGGAACACUCGGCACGAAAGAUGAGCCCAUUCCGCAUCAUGAUGGGAUACGAACCACGUGGACUCCCUUCCGUAUUUCCGACCACGAACAUUCCAUCGGUUGAAUCCAGGCUUGACAUGUUGCAGAAGAUAAGACUAGAAGCACUAGCCAUGCACGAGUUAGCCCGACAACAGAUGGCGGACCGAGUCAGACAAGGAUCGCCGAAGUUUAUACUAGGACAGAAGGUCUGGCUAGACUCGAGGAACCUGAAGGUCAAUUACGCCUCGCGCAAGAUAGCACCAAAGCGUGAGGGGCCAUUCGAAAUUGUCGAAGUCAUCGGACCGGCCAACUAUCGUCUCAAACUCCUGAAGACCUGGCGAGUUCAUUCCGUAUUCCACGCCGCCCUUCUAUCUCCUUAUCGCGAAAAUGACAUACAUGGUCCGAAUUACGUGAACCCACCACCUGACGUCGUUGAUAAUGAAAAAGAGUACGAAGUCGAAGCCAUCCUGAAUCACAAGACGUACCGAGGUCAUCUGAGGUACUUAGUCAAGUGGAAGGGAUAUUCUUCAGCAGAAAACUCGUGGGAACCUACCCACAAUUUACAGAAUGCCAAGCGAAUCCUCGAUGCAUAUAAAAGGACCAGGGGAAUCCAGUAG